AUGGUUGCAGAACUGGGCUGGCGGGCGAAUGCCACCCGGUGCUCCGUGUGGACGUGGGACACUGUGUUCCGCACAGGGCAGUCUCUCUGGCCUCCCCCGAAAGGCAGGCCAGUGUCCCGGAGGUUACAAAAGCGGGGCCUGUGUGGGGCCAGGCCAGCACCACAGGGAGCCCGCGAGGCCCAAAGGGUGUGGAGCGGCUCUUUCCGCCUGCUGCGCAAAGAGCAUGGCCGGAUCUGGCAGCAGCCAUCGAGGACUCCUCCCCGCGACCUGCCUGCGGCUGUGUGGGAUGCAGGCAAAGGAAGCCGAGCGAAGCGCUUGUCUGCGGCUGAGGCUGAGGCGGACCUUGAACCCAGCUCUCGGAAAUGCCGCCAGCGACAGUCCCGCCUUGUGCCCCGAGGCAGGGGUGGGGGUGCUGCCCCCCCACCAGACGGUGGAAUGGGAAUCCAAGGAGAGCCCCACCCUGCCCUGCCCUUCCACCGCCACCGCCCCCGGGAGAGCCGGCGUGGCAUAGAGACUGGAGCAUCGGACGAGGGUCUGGGAGACUCUGGGUUCGAAUCCCUGCUCUUGCUUAGGGGGCCUCUGGUGCGGCACCGACAGUCCGGCCAGAUCAUGGUGCUGAAGAUGAACAAGCUGAUGAGCAACCGAGGCAACAUGCUGCGUGAGGUGCAGCUCAUGAACCGCCUCUCGCACCCCAACAUCCUCCGGUUCAUGGGCGUCUGCGUGCACCAGGGCCAGCUGCAUGCGCUGACGGAGUACAUCAACGGUGGGAACCUGGAGCAGCUGCUGGACAGCCCCGCCCCUCUGCCCUGGCCCGUGCGGGGCAAGCUGGCCCUGGACAUCGCCCGGGGCCUGCGCUACCUCCACAGCAAGGGCAUCUUCCACCGGGACCUCACCUCCAAGAACUGCCUGGUGAAAUGUGACGACAACGGCUACACGGCCGUCGUGGGCGACUUUGGCCUGGCUGAGAAGAUCCCCACCUACAGCGAGGGCGGUGAGAAGGAGCCCCUGGCCGUGGUGGGCUCCCCGUACUGGAUGGCCCCCGAGGUGCUGCGUGGGGAGCUGUACAAUGAGAAGGCUGACGUCUUUGCCUAUGGCAUCAUCCUCUGCGAGGUCCUUGCCAGGGUGCCGGCUGACCCCGACUACUUGCCCCGCACGGAGGACUUUGGGCUGGACGUGGCUGCCUUCUGCACCCUGGUGGGAGUCGACUGCCCGGUGCCUUUCCUCCAGUUGGCUUUUCAUUGCUGCAGCAUGGAGCCCACCGCCCGGCCUUCCUUCCUGGAGAUUACGCAGCGCCUGGAAGCCAUCCUGGAGGAGCAGCGCAACGCCGGGACUCCGCCUUCCAGAGCGAUGGGCCCAGCCCCCCCGGGAGCCCUGUGGUGGCGGCGCUGCCAAGCGGCAGCCAAGGAGCCGGCGACCCCCCAGCCUCCGUCCGGCCUGCCCGCCCAGCAGCUCCUGCCCCCGGACCAGCGCCUCUCCCGCAGCCAGUCGGACAUGUUCCCGCCCGGGUCGCCCCACUUGCCCCGUGCCCAGGACACUCCGCAGCGGGUCAACCCCUUCUCCCACCGCCAGGACCUCCAGGGGGGCCGGAUCAAGCUCUUUGACACGCCCAGCAAGUCUUUGAUCUCCUUGACCUUCGACCUCCCGCCUCCCUCGCCUUUCCCGCUGGGCACGCCCAUCACGCCGGAGCCCGCGGUGGAGGUGCAGUGUGACUUCUCGGAGCCCGUCUCCCACGGGCGCAAGUGCCGCUCGCUGCCCUCCUCCCCGGAGCUACCUCGGCGAGGGCAGGUACAGCCCCGCAGGAACUGCCUCCUGGCCCUCGACUGCAGCAGCCUCCAGCCCGCCCCCUCCCUGCCGCAUGAGCGCACGGACUGCAGCCCGGACAGCCCCGCCCCCCCGCCGGCCACCCCCGCCGCCAACGGCAACUUCAUCAGUACGGCCGUGUCUGGGGUCCAGCCGUGGCCCCCCAACGGGCUCCUCCUGAACAAUAACAGCAAGCCCCACGGCUGGGGCGGGGGGCUCUCGGAGCUGAGCGUCCCCCCCACCGUGGACGGGGUGCCGGCGGAGCACGCGGGGGCGGCGCUGGCCCUGAGCGGCGCUGGCGUGGCGGAGCAGGAGGAGGUGCUGGCCUGCCCGGCCUGCUGCCUCGGCCCCUUCAGCUUCAGCUUUGCCUCCGUCUGCCGCCGGCCGGCCGCCAGCACCCCCCGCUACCAGAACCUGGGCUGCGAGGCCAAGAGCCUGCUGUGCCCGGACUGGCACCCACAGCAGCACAAGAGCCCUGGGCUGGGGUGGCCAGAGCCCAGCUUGAAAUUGCCUUAA